GCACAUUCGGUACGAAUUCGCAAGAUCCGCUUCAGGAAACAGACUUGGAUAUUGCUUGCAAGACCGAGAGACUGUUUGUUAUGGAGGUUGUUGGAUUACUUUACUCUGCGUUGGUGUAAAAUCCACUUAAAGAUUGAGAUACUACGACGCUGGUUAUAAAUAUCUACUGUCUAGGCAGUAUAUUCCUCCGUGUUGGAUAUUCGUAUGCGGCACUUAUCCGCACAUGUUAAUUUUUGUGUUUUACAAGUUAUACCGACCGACCACAGAACGAUCUUCACGCUUCAAAUAGUCUUUUGUCGGACCAAAUUCACAGAACAUCUUUGCUCCAUAUUUUGCCGCAAACUGUUGCAGCUGAGGUUGAGAGAUUCUCUAGUAAAAGGUAAGUCGUGAGCUCAAGAUUACGAAACUUACGGAUUAUGAUGAUGAAUAAUGUACAUAUUUGUCGAGACAAACAAACCACUGCAAUAAACUCAAUGGCUUUGAGUGUAAAGGUAAUCUAAAAUAUUGUGUUAGUAUUUGCAGUCUCUUGCUGAUGCUCACGCGAAGGUUUUGAAAAGUUUUAUCGUGAGAGGGGUGUAAUGGCGGUUUCUUCUCAGAUUAUUUGCUUGUUUUUGCCAAUUUGCCCAGUGUUUUGACCGUAAUGUCAUGGUUACUCGGGAUAUUUGUUGUAGUUUCCGAGCGUAGGCGGUCAAGAUGUAAAUAAAUUUAUGAACAUAAUAGAAAAGCAACUACUCAAUACGCAACUACCAUUUCAAAAAAUUUACAUGAGCAUAAGCUAGUCAGAAAUAUCUUUGUAAAAUAAUAGAUUUCAAGUGAAAUUUUGAAAUAUGGAUAAGUCCUUGGGGACGUACGGGGGGAUAGCGCGAGAUUUGUUGACUUUUUGGCCAAAUUUUAGCGCGGGAUGGGGAUUGCUUUGCACUUUUGUAGCAGGAUCGUCGGGAAAACACCCGUGGAAUUUGUUGCCAAGGUUAUAUUAUUGUCUUGAUUUAUAAAACAUGUAGUAUUGUAGUACUUUGUUCUUGCUACUUGGGAGGCUCUCAGUCAGUGCAGAAGACAGUAGCAAAAUAUGAGUGUCAGAAAAUGGCGGAAAGAGAGAAAGAUAUUCUUCUUCCCUCCCCUAGCCUGCGAGCAAGCUCUCUCGCAUCCCAAAUCUGGGUAGACCUGACGCGUCAUCAGUAUGGAAUUUCUGCACUUGUGUCUCCGAUAUCACUUUCCGGGGAAGCCAGUGGUGGCAUUGCAAAAUGUUUGCUCUUUUUACAGGCUAUUACAUCACAGUCAUGUUGCAUACAUCAUGUCCUGUCAGGGACAGGAUAGUAUUUGGUAUACCACUACAAAAGAAAAUUAUACAUUCAUUGUAUCUCUUCAUCUUCCAGGUAGAGGAAUUGAAGAGUAACUGACUCAAAUUUAACCAACUACCACCAAUCACACAUCAUUUCCCACAUGGGGUGUGGUUCCUCAACCGCGACAAGGACAGGUUAGUGGUAAAUUUAACAGGGGGUGCUUACAAUAUUUAUUUUCAAGGGAAAACUGGAAAUUCUGGUUGGAAAAUCAAACGGUUUGUGCUAUUUCAUUUGGGAAGCUUUAGAAAAUAUGGGCCCUGAUUUGAGGGGGAGUAAAUUUUUCUGUUCUUUUCUGCCUGUUCAGUUGAUUUGGAAAUUCUACUUUGUGGCGGGUCAUUCUCCUACUAUGACAAAGUUUAUUGUUUUAUGUUUAGGCACAAGAUUUCUACCUGGGUGGUUUGUUUACAUGGUAAGCACCCAGGGUCUUGCACCCAUACACAGUGUAACCUUUCCUUUGGGACACCUCCAUUUAAGGGACACAAAAUUUGGUCGUGGAAAAAAACUCUCAUAAUCUUUGUAUCUAUUACUUCUAUUGAAGGGACACCUCUAUUCAGGGGAAAGGGACACUUUUCCCCCCUUAAACCUGGGUUUAAUAAUAAUAAUAAUAAUGGUUCAGAGGUAGCACAUCCACAAAGUGGUUCUUCGUCUACCUGAUUCCUGAUCGAGUUGAAAUUUGGAAUGUUGGUUUUUGAGGAGAGGGGAAAACCGGUGUACCCGGAGAAAAACCUCUCGGAGCAAAGGAGAGAACCAACAACAAACUCAACCCACAUAUGGCAUCGACGCCGGUAUUUGAACCCGGGCCACACUGGUGAGAGGCGAGCGCUGUCACCACUGCACUAUCCCUUGCUCCCCAAACCUUCAUUCAAGGGACACCUUCUGUUCUCAAAAUGUGAUUGAUCUCAAAAAGGGUUGACAUGUUUAAGUUCACACUGAUUACAAUUACGAAAACGUUCACUAACUGAACUAUCUCACUUAAAUCGAUGUACUACUUUUGUGAAUUCAACAUAUAAUAUCGCAGAGAUAAUUAAGUUAAUGAUCAUUUUUUAUGUUGUCUUUGUUGGUUAAUUAUUAACAAGCCCCAGCCCAGCCUCUACUCAGUGGACACCUAUUCAGGAAACACUUGCCUCACUCUCAAGGGUGUCCCGUGAAUAGAGGUUCCACUGUAUUUAUAAUGUAAUUUAUAUAUAUGGAACUGACACAUUUGCAUUAUUAUGCAGUCAAACUUUACAUAAAAGCAAUUAACCCCUGACUACGCCAAGAAUUAAUUUUAAAAUAUUUAACUGUCAAUGAUUUUAGCACUGCAUUACCAAUUAUCAUAAUUGGCACUUGCUUUCCUAGUCUGAAUAAAUAAAGUCUUCAGUAAAUAAAUAUUUUUUUUAUUAAUUUGUCUAUACUUGAUUAUUAAAUGUAGUGAAAUUUUUAUCCAUUCAAAGGUUUUCAAUCUAAGCGAAUACUGUAAACAAUGCAGAUUUGAUUUCAUUUUUUCAAAUAAUCAGUUCAAUAAGAAAAUCUAUGGGGGUAGGCUUGACCAGGCUGAUGGUAAAAACAGUGUUCUUACCAGACCAUAGCAUUGCGGCAUUGCCACACUUUUUCAGGACACUAUAAUUAGCCCAAGGGGUCCCAAGGGCGCAAAGAGGGAAAAAAAUAAUUAUGUAUUACAGAAAGUUUAUGACAUAAGCCAAAAUUUAAUUGGUUAUGGCGGCUUUAGAAAACACCCAUCAUUAUCUAAGACUCAGACCUGUGAAGACGUUGAGUUAACUGUUUCUAGAAAUUGUGACCCGCCUUUCUCCCUCAUGGCCCACUGUAGCUUCUCUAUGGGUCCUGUGGACCCCAGUGUACAACACAUAAAAAAAUUACACUAUGUGCACUUGGUAUGAUCUCAUCUUUGAGAACCUUUUGGCAAUGACCACAAUUUAACCAUUUCAAUGGUCAGGUAUUUUUGAUUAUGUUCACGGCAAGAAAAGUUUACAUUCAAACCAGGAAAACUGUGAUCACCAGAAAAUUUCUCAAAUUGUUAUUGUGUUGCAAGAAAAAAACCAAUAGGUUGUGUGAAGCUAAACCAUAAGCAAGAACAUUAAUUAGUUUGUGGUUCUGUGGCUAGUUUGUGUGUCCUGAUCUUUGCUUUGAUUGGUUGUAACACAACAAACAUUCCUGAAAUAUUUCAAGUGUUGACGCUUUUGCGUUUUGCCAGUUUGACUGUAACUAUCUGCAUUUAAGAAUACAACUUAAAGUUUUACUUUGUUAUUUUUUUCGUAUCAGUUGCCCAGCCAGCUCCAAAAUCUAAACAAACCUCAAGCCAUUCCAUUAAAGAGGUCAAUGGUCAUGCUCACAGACGUAAAGACAGUGAACAAAGUGGUGAGUUCUGUACAUAUAACAAGCAGAUGAACUGCAGAAGUUGUGAUUUUAACUGCAAAAAUCUUCCUUACAUUCAUUUCUUCAUUCUGUGAUUCAAUAUAUGUAACUGAUAUCUAUUCAGUAUUUCAUCUUCACCUUCCCGGGUAUGUGAACCAAUUAUUUAGUGACCAGAUUCCAGUUGGCUUGCAAGCUCAAUAUUUGUUUUAGGGUGCUGCACCAGUCUCGCAGAGGUUAGGGUUCCGAUCCCAGCAAGCCUGAAUUUUUUCAGGCUUUCUUUUUCGCAACUGCAUAAGUUGCCACUUUAACUGCUAAGAUCUUCCUUACAUUUAUGCAGAUGAACUGCUUUCCGUCGUUAGUUGGCAAAUCCAGCCAUGGUUUUUGGUCGGGGAGUAGUUUGAAAUAAAACUCAUCUGAAAUAACUAGUCACUCAUUAUUAUACAAAAGGCAAACUCGCUGGACAUGAUGCCAAAGCUCGGGUAGUUGUCAUCAUCAACAUCGUAGAGAAGGGGGUGGGGGGGGGAGGGUCCAGAUUGCCUUAAACCCUUCCCUGGGUGUGUCUUCUGAGAGGAAGUGGUUAUAGCCAUCUGGUCUACCUGCCUGCGUCUUUGGGUUAAAAGAACAUGGGGACAGCUCUAGCCGAUUGCCAGACAGGGGAAUUUGAGGCAUGCAUUGAGGUGCACUUGUUGGCGUUUUUGUAAAUAUUUGGACAUUUUUUUAACAAAUAAGCGAAUAAUGAGGAAACCGAUUUUUCCUAAAAAAUUUGUAUUCUUGAGAUUAAUCGUCGUUUUGUAUGACCAGUAAGUUUCAAGAUUAUUGAAAAGUUUAUUAAGGGAGUAAAAUAAGGGCCACAAGGCCGCAAAAGUUUCGUCUUUUGUAUCUUUCAUCUUUUUUGUUCUAUUAGAGACGUCGUCUAAGCAGAAACGCGGAGAGGAGACAACGCCUUCGGAAGCCAACGGUCAUCUGCCAAACUCCCAUGUUGAAACUCAAAACAAGAUGGGUUCCGAAACACAUGACGACAAUGUUGAACGUACACCAGGCGAUGGAAGUGUAGACGAAAGUGCAAUUACAACAAAUGAAGUAUCCAGGCCCGAGAAUAACAACACUAAACCUACUCAACAACGGCCCAAUGGAGAUGAUGUUCCCACGCACAGCUCAUCUCAGAGCAAAGUUACUGAGGACGAAAUGCCACCGUAUAUUUCUAGCAGUUCAGUGCAUAGCAAUAAUGGUGUUGCUUUGGUAACAAGCGGCGAUGUUGAGAAGCCGGAAGUAAAAGAAGAAACGGAGGCACAGGGCAGCGAUGACGCUGGCGCGGUUGAGAUUGACUCAGCCGAGCACAGGGCUCCGAGCAAAACCAGUUUGGCCGGUGAAGCUGACUCAGUGACACAUAGGGACACUAGUGACGUCAGUAGAGAGAUAAUCGCUAACAGCGAAACCAACGAAAAUAACGCACUCGUCGAGACAGAGACGUCGCCGGGCAAAAGCAGCAGUAACGAUAACUUACGUUUGUCAGAUCAAAAUGUUGCUAGCGAAGGCAGCCUGUCUCGCGAGAAGGACGCGGCAUCGCACACUAGUACCAAUGAAGUCCAAUCUUCAAAUAGUCAAGUGAGCUUAUCUAGUAAUAAAGACAAAUCUUCUGGACAAGAUCAUGACCAAAGGAAAGGUAGUAUGACCGUGAGUGAAUUUUUCAAUGCUCCCAGUGAAGCCAGCCUAUCUGACAAUACCAACACGGUAUCACACAGUAAUAACAGUGCUGUUCAAGACUCCACUAAGGAUGCUAGUCAAGUGAGCUUAUCUAGCAAUAAAGAGACAUCUUCUGGACAAGAUCAUGACCAAAGGAAAGGUAGUAUGACCGUGAGUGAAUUUUUCAAUGCUCCCAGUGAAGCCAGCCUAUCUGACAAUACCAACACGGUAUCACACACUAAUACCAGUGCUGUCCAAGACUCCAACAAGGAUGCUAGUCAAGUGAGCUUAUCUAGCAAUAAAGAGACAUCUUCUGGACAAGAUCAUGACCAAAGGAAAGGUAGUAUGACCGUGAGUGAAUUUUUCACGGCUCCCAGUGAAGCUAGCCUAUCUGACAAUACGAACACGGUACCACACGGUAAUAACAAUGCUGUCCAAGAUUCGAACAGGGAUACUAGUCAAGUGAGCUUAUCUAGUACCAAAGGCGUGGCUUCUGGACAAGAUGAGAGCCAAAGGAAGGCCAGUAUGACAGUGAGUGAGUUUUUCGGUGCGCCUUCUGACACUGAGCUUCAUUUGUCUAAUCAAAGUCUUGGCUCUUCACAGCAAAAUGCUUUACCAGCUACUACAGAAACCGAGCACCCAGAUGAACCAAACAAAAUCGUCAAGGAGGAAACUGUCAGUGAAAAAGACACAGCAGCAGAUAAAACUAUUGAAAUUGCAGAGAGCGCGGAUCCCUUCUCAACAAGGCGAGAUUCGUCAAUGAGCACGGAUACAGACCCAGAUAGAAUUUGCACAGUGACUGCCAACGUUAAAAUAGGUUGUAUAGAACAUCUUUCAGGCCACAAAACUGUUACCUUAACGGGGUCAGUGUACCGUUUACCUAGAGAAGAUGAUUCAACCACGCCCAAACCCGGCGAUAAAAUUGGCAUCGUUAAAGGGGAUGUUACCUCUUCACCUGCUGACAAUGAAACGAGCGAAAAACUGGCUAUUUUACGAGGUGACCUCUUUGCCGUUUCGGGUGAGGCAGCUGAAAAUGGACUCAUUGCUACAGCCUCAAUCGAUGUCUUAUCGUGUAGUUUAAGGGAAAAACUAGCCACCAUUACAGCUGACGUUGCACCCAGCGACGACCCGGAACACCAGUCUGGUGUCAUAUCGGGUGAGGUUCUCGCCGCCUCCGAACGCGGCUCCUAUGAUGAUAAAAUUGGAAGUCUGUCUGGAAAAGUGGUUGCUUUGACAUUUGGCGAGGGUGUCACUUCUCUUGCCAAUGCGAAUAGCUGA